AUUUUCAGUGUAAUGAUUUUUUAAAGAUGCCCGAUGCUAUGAAAACUCAAGUUUAAAUUAUUAUUUUCAAUUCUGUUUCUCAAACACCAUAAAAUGGAUGUACUCAAUAAAUUUCGCUCUACAGUUACGAGUACUAUGUCACAACUGUCUACAGUUCUACCGGGCAAUCCAGUUACUAGGGAGUAUGAAGCUACCAAACAUAUUGCGAGCGCUGGUGUUGGAUUACUUUGGAAAAUAUACAGUGGUUAUAAAAAGUCAACACAGCAACCUGCAUCUAUUUUUGUAUUAGAAAAGAGACUAUUAGAUAAAUGGUCGAAAACUGAACGAGAACACAUAAUAGAGGUUGUCAAAAAAGGUGUUGCCCAACUAGCCAGACUCAAACAUCCUCAAGUAUUAACUGUUCAACAUACCUUAGAAGAGUCUAGAGAAAGUUUGGCAUUUGCUACGGAACCUGUGUUUUGUAGUCUGGCUAAUGUCCUUGGUAAGAUGGAAAACACACCUCAGCCAGUGUCAAAAAAUCUACAAGAUUACAAUCUAUUUGAUAUUGAUAUCAAGUAUGGCUUAAUGCAACUUGGUCAAGGUCUUGCAUUUUUACAUAACGAUGCUAAGCUACUCCACCACAAUUUGUGCCCAGAAAAUGUUGUAAUUAAUGAACAAGGAGCAUGGAAAAUAUUUGGAUUUGAUUUCUGUUCUCAAAGUAUCAAUCCAGUAGAUCCAAAUCCCACUUGGCCAAGCUGGGAGUAUAAAGUAGAUGUCCAUCCAUGGGCACAACCAACUUUAGAUUAUCUAGCCCCGGAAUCGGGUUGUGAUCACAUCCAAAUUAAAGCCAAUGAUAUGUAUUCUUUGGGAGUUUUGAUUUUUGCCAUCUAUAAUAAAGGAAAUGCACCAUUACAGUCAAAUCAUGAAUGGUCUAUUUAUAAAAGAAAUUUACAAGAAAUGAAACAUAAUACACCAAAAAUAUCAAUUGUUGAUGCUGGUCUCCGAGAUCCAGUAAAAUUAUUAUUAAGUUUUAGACCUGAAGACAGACCUGAUGAACAUGAAUUUUUAAAAAUUGAAUUUUUUAAUGAUGUUGGAGUUAAAACAUUAAAUUAUUUGGAUUCACUUUUCCAAUGGGAUAAUUUACAGAAAUCCCAAUUUUAUAAAGGUUUACCUCAGAUAAUGGAAAAAUUACCUCACAGAAUUUGUCUAAACCGGAUUCUUCCGUGUCUUGUAAAAGAUUGUGUCAAUCCUGUUAUGAUUCCCUUUGUUUUGCCAAAUAUUUUUUAUGUCUGUGAGAAUUGUACUAAAGAUGAGUUUGUUAACCAUAUUUUACCAUGCUUAAAGCCUAUAAUGAAAGUGCAUGAACCAGUUCAAGUUCCUUUCAUAUUCCUCCAAAAAAUGGAAUUAUUAUUAAAAUUAGCACCACUGGAAGAUCUCAAAUCUGAUAUAUUACCAAUGUUAUAUAAAACAUUGGAAUUGGAUUCAAAACCAGUUCAAGAAACUUGUCUAUCAGUGAUUCCAUCAUUAGCUACUCUCGUAGAAGGCCCUUCAAUGAAAAAUGCCUUAUUACCGAGAAUAAAAAGAUUAUGUUUGUCAACUUCUGAUCUUUCAGUUCGUGUAAAAUGCCUUGUUUGCAUUGGUAAAUUAAUUGAAUAUUUGGAUAGAUGGCUAGUACUUGACGAUAUUAUUCCAUUUUUACCUCAAAUACCUUCCAAGGACCCAGCUGUGAUUAUGGGCAUCUUAGGUGUAUAUAGGAUUAUUCUUUCUCACAAAAAAAUGUAUAUUACUAAAGAAACUAUGGCCCUCAGUAUUUUACCUUUUUUAAUACCAAUGUGUAUUGAGAAUACACUAACGCUGAAUCAGUUCAAUGUUUUAAUAUCAAUUGUGAAAGAAAUGAUUACUAGCGUUGAAACUGAUCAUCGUGCUAAAUUACAACAACUAAAUGAACAGCACAGAUCAAUUUCAAAUAGUUUAACUUUAGAAAAUGGAACAACAAAGCCAAAUGGUUUGACAAAUGAAUUUCAAUUUGAAAGUUAUGUUGAAAAAACUUCAAUUCAAAUAUCUGGUUCCAAUGAAAUAACAAAUAAUAUAUCUUCCAACAAUGACAAAUCAAAGACAAACAAAUCACAAGAUGUACCAUUCCGUACGUUUCAGCAAGACAUUACCCUUACUCCAAGUGUAGAAAAACUCAAUAAAAAUAAUCCAGUACCCAAGGAUCUCACUUCAUCUCUAAUUGAUUCAAAUAUAAAUCAAAUAAGUUGGUUAAAUCAGAUGAAACCUACCACAAGUUCAUUAUCUCAAUCAAAAUCAUUGGGAUUUGAAAAUAAAUCAAUGAGUCUUCAAGGUAGACUUUCAGGAUUUGAAAACAAUUCAGUUAACCCACAAACUAAACCAAUGUCCCUUCAUAAUUCAGCAAAUAACUGGAAUGAUUUAUGGAUAAAACAAGAAGAAACUCAGCCACAGGUUAAACAGUUAUCUUUAUCUGAUAUAAAUGAUUUAUUGAGCUGAGAAAUUACUUAAUCCACUAAACAGUAAAUGUUACCUAACUUACUUAUUGACUUUAUUCAAGUAUUUUAUAUUUUAAAUUUCAGUCAUUAUAUUUAUUUUUAGGAAUUGCUUCUUUGAUUCCUUAAUUAUUAAUUUUAUUGUCAUAUUAAGGUCAGACAAAACCGGAUUACAUUUAAAUCAAAUCUUAAUUUUAUAUCCAUCAAUUAAAAUUAAUUAAUUAAUAUCCAUCUAGUUGAAUGCAUUCAAAAAAACAUUUGGAAAACAAAAAAAUGCAAAAACCUAAAAUGUUCAACAAUAGUAUUAUUUUAAGUUAAAACAAAUCCACAUUAGCAUUUAAUUAAAAAUUGAAAUAAAUAAAAUACUAGAAAGAAUAGAUCCAUUAAAACUAUUAAUAUUAUUUAUUUAUUAACAAAUUGUGUAAGAGUAAAACGAGUAACAAAUAUAUUGGUUAGGAAAUGUAUUAUUUAUUUAUUAAUUUGUAAUAUUAUAUAAACUAUAUUAAAUAAUUUUUACUAAGCAGAAAAGAAAUAAUUAUGACUGAUAUUUAAAUAUAUUUGUGAUUUAAUUGUAAUACCAUGUCAAAGUUACUCCAGUGGGAGGAUUUUUUAUUCUGGGAAACUUGUCUUUUUAAAAUUGUAAUUGGCUAUCACUUAUUGUUCUGAUAUACAUGUAACAUGUUGUGUAAUAUAAAAUUUAAAAUUAAAAAAAGUAGUAAUUCAAUUUUAACUAACAACAUAAAUAUGAAUUACACAAUAUCUCAUACAACAUCUUUAAAACUAACUUAUUUGCUAAAGAAAAAUGAAUUUAGUUUUCCUGCUAAAUUUUUAUACUUUGAUCCUUCAAAGAUGGAUGGAUAUUAACUAGUAAUCACAGACAUAAAACAUGUUUUAUAUCCGUGGUACUAACUGAAUCUCUUCUCUUAAUUUAUAAUAUACAAUUUAUUGUAAUACAUAUUUAUAAUUUUUAUUUAAACUGGAAAUCAGAGUGUUACUUAUGUUGAACAAUAAUAUUCUUUAUUUAUAAUAAUAUAUACAAUAAUGACAAGAAAUACAUAAUAAAGAGACCUCCCACAUUCCAGAGGACGUUCUUUGGUAUAAAAUAAUUAUACAAUAUACAUACUAUAUAAUUAUAUUUAUAAGUUUAUAAUAGAUUACCCACUAUUUCUUUUUAAUAUUAUUAUUAUAUAUUUAUAGACAAGCAGUUUGCAACAACAUUUUCUUUGUAUUAUUACAACAGUAAAUUAACAAUCAGUAAACAUAAACAUAUAAACAAUAUUUUUGAUUCACAGUUAUUUUUUAUAAUUAGGGGAGAAAUGGGGAAAGGGAUAUACCUCCCAAAAAUAGACAGUUUUUUUAGUUGUGAUGAAUCAAACAUGGGGGAAGGGGGUUACAUUGAUGUUAAAAAUGUUAGUCCCCACUCCGCCCUGAAAUUUUAAUGGAUUUUUACUCUUGUUUAUACUACUGAUGAUUGACAAUGAUACUUAGUAAUAUAGUGAAUAGUGAUCUACCAUUGACAUUAAACAAAACGUUUUAUACAAUUUAAUUUAAAACUGAUUAAUUAUAGAUAAUGUGUUGCCUGAUUAAAUUUAAUAUUUCUGUUAAAACACUGCUUUUCAAAUAUUACAAUAGCUAGUCACCACAUAGACACAUUGUAUAAUAAUUGCCUUAUUAUUUUAAAAUUAUGAUUUAUGUUUCCAGCUUCCAUACAUUUUUUUGUACAGUUAUUGAAUACCGGUGAAAUUAUUGAAAUAAUAUUAUAUUGAUAAAAAAUAUAUUAUAAUAACAAAUAAAAAUGUAAUUUUGAAUAAUUUGUUUUUAUUUUAUUUCAUUUAGCCAUUUACGUAUACAAAACAAAAUCGUCAAUAAUUAGCGAAUGGAGUAACUAUCGGGUAAUGAAU